UUCCUUAAGCUGCUCUAGAAAACCUCAAUCCCUCUUCUCCAUUUUCCCCUGUAAUUUUCUCGAGAAAAUCGGAUAGAAAAUUUUCAGCUCAGAACAACACCAAGCUGCGGGAACUUCUGCUAUAUUUACUUCUCCUUCUGCUGUUUCUCUCAAUCUCGAAUUUAUUCGGAGAAGUAGAACAAGGAAAGCAAAGAUUUUUCCAAAUGCUUAAACUCUCGUAAUAUUUCUCUGCAAAUUUCCGUCAAAAUCUUGAGUUAGAGAAAGCUCAUGCGAGCGAAAACAGUGAAAAAUGACACUCGCGGCGGCCUCAAUGUCCAUCCCCAGCGCUUCGCCUCUCCCGGCCACGCUCGUGAAACCGAGCCCUUUGCCUCACCGGCUGUCGUUUCUCACGAGGACGUCCGAUUCGUUGGAGCAGAAGAGGUUUCUCUCCUCUGAUCGCCGGAGAGAAAAGCUUCUAACUUUUCUCUCCGGCGAACGGAGGUCCUUCUCGGUGAGGGCGAAGCCGAAGGAAGUCAUCCUCGGGAACCCGGCGGUGACGGUCGAGAAGGGGAAGUACAGCUACGACGUCGAAACCCUAAUCAACAAGCUCAGCAGCCUCCCUCCCCGGGGAAGCAUCGCGCGGUGCCUCGACAUCUUCAAGAACAAGCUCUCGCUCAACGACUUCGCUCUGGUCUUCAAGGAGUUUGCGCAGCGCGGCGACUGGCAGAGAUCGCUCAGGCUCUUCAAGUAUAUGCAGAGGCAGAUUUGGUGUAAACCUAACGAGCAUAUCUACACAAUCAUGAUCAGUUUGCUUGGCCGCGAAGGUUUGCUCGACAAGUCCGCCGAGAUAUUCGACGAAAUGCCGAGCCAAGGCGUGGUACGUAGCGUUUUCUCUUACACUGCUUUGAUCAAUGCCUAUGGUCGUAACGGUCAAUACGAGACUUCACUUCAACUUCUUGAUAGGAUGAAGAAAGACAAGGUUUCUCCUAAUAUAUUGACUUAUAAUACUGUGAUUAAUGCCUGUGCUAGAGGUGGUUUGGAUUGGGAAGGAUUGUUGGGUUUGUUUGCUGAAAUGAGGCAUGAAGGUAUACAACCUGAUCUAGUAACUUAUAACACUUUGCUUGGGGCUUGUGCCAACAGAGGUUUAGGUGAUGAGGCAGAGAUGGUGUUUAGGACUAUGAAUGAGGGCGGGAUAGUUCCUGAUAUAACCACUUAUAGUUGUCUUGUUGAGACUUUUGGGAAGUUGGGUAAGCUUGAGAAAGUUUCCGAGUUGCUUAAGGAGAUGGAAUCCAGAGGGAAUUUGCCCGAUAUAACGUCAUAUAAUGUGUUGUUAGAGGCUUAUGCAGAAUCCGGGUCGAUAAGUGAGGCGGUGGGUGUGUUUAGGCAGAUGCAAACAGCAGGGUGCUUGCCAAAUGCUAAUACGUAUAGUAUUUUGUUAAAUUUGUAUGGGAAGCAGGGGAGGUAUGAGGAUGUUCGUGAGCUUUUUCUUGAGAUGAAAGUAAGCAAUACGGAGCCGGAUGCAGCUACUUAUAACAUUCUCAUCCAGGUGUUUGGUGAAGGUGGGUACUUUAAGGAGGUGGUUACUUUGUUUCAUGAUAUGGUGGAAGAGAAUGUAGAGCCGAAUAUGGAGACAUAUGAGGGGUUAAUAAUUGCUUGCGGGAAGGGGGGGCUCCAUGGGGAUGCCAAGAUCAUUUUAAAUCACAUGAAUGAGAAAGGGAUAGUGCCGAGUUCAAAAGUUUAUACGGGGGUCAUUGAAGCCUAUGGGCAAGCUGCAUUGUAUGAAGAAGCUCUUGUUGCCUUCAACACAAUGAAUGAAGUGGGAAGCAGGCCAUCUGUCGAAACUUACAACUCUCUCAUUCAUGCAUUUUCACGAGGUGGACUUUACAAGGAGGCUGAAGCAAUACUCCAGAGAAUGGGUAAUUCUGCUGUUGCAAGGAAUGUCGACUUGUUCAAUAGUCUUAUUGAGGCUUUUAGGCAAGGGGGUCAGAUCGAAGAAGCUGUAAAGGCAUAUAUUGAAAUGGGAAAGUCAAGAUGCGAUCCAGAUGAGCGGACACUUGAGGCACUCUUGAGUGUCUACUGCUUUGCAGGUCUUGUUGAUGAGUGUGAGGAGCACUUCAAAGAGAUAAAAGCUUCAGGAAUAUUGCCUAGUGUCAUGUGCUAUUGCACGAUGCUUGCUGUAUAUGCAAGAUGUGACAGGUGGGAUGACGCCUUUAAGUUACUGGAUGAGAUGCUUAAGAAUAAGGCUUCAAAUAUUCAUCAAGUGAUUGCCCAGAUGAUUAAGGGAGAUUAUGAUGAUGGUACUAACUGGCAGAUGGUGGAGUAUGUCUUUGACAAACUGAAUUCUGAAGGAUGUGGACUGGGAAUAAGGUUCUAUAAUACACUUUUAGAAGCGCUUUGGUGGAUGGGUCAGAAAGAACGAGCUGUGCGAGUGCUAAAUGAAGCAACAAAGCGGGGACUCUUUCCAGAACUUUUCCGCAGAAAUAAGCUUGUUUGGUCUAUUGACGUGCACAGGAUGUGGGAAGGCGGUGCCUGUACAGCAAUUUCAGUUUGGCUAAAUGAUAUGUUUGGGAUGUUCAAGAAUGGGGACGAUCUUCCUCAUGUUGCAACUGUUGUUGUAGUACGGGGGAAAAUGGAGAGAAGCCCAAGCGCACAGGAAACGCCCAUUGCAAAGGCUUCAUAUUCAUUUCUGCAGGAAAACAUGUUCUCAUCCUUUGGUUUCCCGACCUGGAACAAGGGCAGAAUUGUCUGCCAGCGUUCUCAGCUUAAACAGGUUCUCUCUGGCAUAGAAUCAUCAUCAGAGAAAUCCAAGAAGGAUAAAAUAAUUACUUUAAGUAACUCCCCUGUUCCUGGAACCAAAAUGCCUACCAAUGUUAUGCAGAGUUCGCGAUACAAUAAUUCCAACUCCGACGCAGUAACUGGGACAAGAGCGGAGCUUUUGACAAGCACGGUUUAACCAAUAGCGGAGGGCCCAAAAUGUUCGCUUCCGCACAUUUUUUUAAAUCUCAAAUGCAAUGCCUGAGGACCAUUCAACAUUCUCCUAUCUGAUGUUUCCACUUGGUCAAACACGAACCUCAAAAUUGAUCGAACAAGCAAGACAUUUCUUUCGAAUUGUGCCUGCUUAAAGUCCAGCUUGCCCCAGUCUAGCUGAUUCAAUGACGAUACCGUUCUUGCCCCAGAAUAGCAGUUAGGACAGUCCUCUGAGGAAGCGGAUUGUAAUUUUUGUAGCUUUAGAUCAUUCUUUUUUUUUUCUUCAAAAUGUAUAUGUACAUUACACUCUUCGCAUUUUGAUCUUUUUGGAAAGUUAUUUGUGGCAGUUGUCCAAAAUAUACUGAUUGUUCUACAUGCUUUUACAUGAAAAAUCUACAAGGAUCUUGACAAAAACAAAAUUUUUCCUGUGGUCUUAUCUGC